CCUAUUGGAUGGAACCGAGUGAAAGAGAAGAAAAGAUCUCUCGAUUACCUUCCGGGGCCACGGAGACGUUUCGGGGAAGCGCGAUCUCCCAGAAGCCACCGGGCGCCCCGACGGCCAUCUUGGAUCCGCGAGGGAUGCGCGCGAGUUUUGAAAUUUGGCGCGUCUGAGCUCGUUCGAGCCCGCGUCGGCGAGUUGGCGGCCAAUCGUGACGCGGAAAGCGGCCCUCUCCUACCGAAAGAUGCGCUGGAGGAACAGGAACUCCAGAAAACGGAAAUACAGCUACGCAUUUGACGACCCCAGGAAGGAAGGUUCUCCUGAGGGGGGGAACCGGAAGUGGCGCGACCGGAAGGACGCGCGGGGUAUUUGGUGGCCUGCGCAGAGGUGGCGUCGCCUGGCGGGACUCCCUAGGCAGAAACAGGGACUCACCGGCGAAUAUGAGAGAUUCGUCUCCGGAAAUUCGCUGGCUCGCGCGGGGCGGCCAUCUUGGAAGCGGCUUUACCCCGACUUAGUUAAUUAACCGACCAUGGAUCCCGCCGUCGGCGAGGCGACCGCUGAAUGAUGGACUUUCGGGAUCGUCCGGUGUAUAGUAAUGGAAUUUACAAACGCCACGGGAUCCCCCGACUAUUUCGACUAUGCGGUAACCUCCAGUGUAAACGGCUCCGCGUACGGCGGCCAUAUUGGAUCCGAGUUGAACCUGCCGUACGCCGUUUGCGAGAUCCUGGUGGCUAUUUGUGCUGUUUUCGGCAACGGCCUCGUCAUCCUUGUAUUCAGCAAGGAGCGGAAAUUAAGGAGGAGGACUAAUUACUACAUCAUAUCCCUGGCAGCUGCCGACCUACUCGUAGGCCUCUUCGCCAUCCCGUUCGCCAUCUUGGCGAGCAUCGGCUUGCCCACCAACCUUCAUGCCUGUCUUUUCACCGUCUCGGUGUUGGUCGUCUUGUGCACAAUCAGCAUCUUCUGCCUCGUGGCGGUAUCCGUUGAUCGCUAUUGGGCCAUUCUCUACCCCAUGGGAUAUUCUCGCACCGUGCGCACCAAAACCGCCAUCGGGAUUAUCUGUGCUUGCUGGGUCGCCGGCACUCUGGUUGGAUUUCUGCCGUUGCUCGGAUGGAAUGCUGGAAAAAAGUCCGACGAGAAGUGCAUCUUCACCGAGGUGAUGGAUUACGAUUACCUGGUCUUCCUCUACUUUGCGACCAUAAUCUUUCCCGCGCUGCUGAUCGCCGCCUUUUAUGCGCACAUUUACAGGGUGGUCGUGAAGCAGUUGCAGCAAAUCGUGACGAUGAAUCCGGGUCGACGUACCGAUGGCCAGGCGACGGGGACGAUGUUGCGACUCCUGGGUGCAGCUCAGAAGCGCGAGGUCAAGGCUACGCAGAAUCUCUCCAGGAUCGUCAUCUUCUUCAUCAUCUGCUGGUUCCCGCUCUACACGAUAAACUGCGUGAUGGCCUUCUGUCCGGACUGCGAGGUGAACGAUGUGUUCCUGAAUUUCUGCAUAAUACUCUCGCACCUGAACUCGGUGGGCAACCCGUUGCUCUACGCGUACCACCUGAAGGACUUCAGGGCAGCCCUGAAGAGCUUCAUGCAUAAGAUGCUGUUCCCAAGUGCCGAGACCAAGGCGAACCCGGGCAACAUGGUUCCGGAGCGAACUUCCAUGGUGUCCCAUCACAACGUGCACCAAACAGGGGACGCGACAUCCUUAGCUCAAAAAAAUCAGAAGAUAAUUAUGCAGAGAGCCGAGGACAAGAAAAUACCGACGGCCGCGAGAUCUUCAUAUCGGCUCGACUCCUUGGCCAGGACUCCGGGUUCGUCCCCGAGCGUCGGAAACGACGCGGAUCGGAUGUCGAGUGAUAACAGCGAAUCCCAGCCGAUGGAAGCUGAUGCCGAUUCCCCGAUGAAGGCGUCCAUUCCUUCGAGUUGUACCUCCCCUAAUCGUGGGACUCUCUCGAAGACGACCUCCUCGAUGGAGCUGCAGAUCUACCGGCCCUUCGCCAGGUUCUUCUACUCCGAUCCCAGGGUGGAGGAGGUGCUGCCCGAGUCCGUCUUCGUGAUCGAGGCGGACAUCAACCAAAUCGUCUCGUCGAGGGAGAGAUUAACGGACGAGAAACACGAAGGGGCAAACUCGAAUUGACCUCGAUGGAGGGAUCAACGUUGUUAUCUUCGUUAAGGGAUUCCCCGAUUUCACUUCUUCAUUCGGACGAAAUCUUUUCAUUCCGGGAUAGGCGUCGACCCCAGGGGGUCGGGGACAAUGGCUCCUCGUAAUUGUUUAGAGAUGCGUUAUCUUAAGACUCGGAUCCCUGAGAUUAGGUACUUUUACCUAUAAUUUAAAAACAAAAGUGUACAAUAUACGCGCUAGUCGUGAGACGAAGAGGUGACCCUCUCGGAAUUGGAUGCCCAUAUUAUUUUAUAAUACUUUCCGAAGGUUGGUUUAGAUCUCAAGAGACUCGUCUCGUCGUCUCUCUCUUUUUUUUCUGCGGAGAAUCCACUACUUGAGUACCUAAUACGCGUAAAUGCACUUUUUAUCUCUCCGUUAAGACUGCGAACUCUUCCUUACUCCGUGAUUUUUAACGGUCCCCGGGUGCAAGAGUUUAUGGUUUAUGUCGCUGUAGAAAUUUGCGUAGUUAUGGGAGGAUAUGGAAUAAGAGCAGAAGAUUCGGUGUAAUUAAUUAAUCGACAAAGAUUAAUCGUCCAUGUGAAACUCGGUUUCUUCCGCAAGGACGAUAAUUGUAACCGCGAACUCGGGUGACAGUUUCCUUGGCACGUGGGGGAAUUUUAGGACUUUAUCGAUCCCGUUGAUCCCUUAUGUAUUGAUCCUGUCCGUAAGACUGUUAUACGUAUAGAGAAGGAUCGAUCGAGGUGAUUAGCACGAGCGUGAAAAUCAAAUAUACUUUAUAAGAAGGUUUUACGAUCCAUUGACGACCGGUUAGUCCGCUCGAUUGGAAAUAAGGAUACGUGUACAUUCAAGAAUAUGUGUUCGCUGUAAAAUUCUCUUGGGUCGAUAGUAAAUUUGCUAAGUCGCCAUCUUGGUUGUUGGGUAUACGUCGUUGAUCUCAUUGAGUCCAUUUAACUCAAAAAAAAAAAAGUAGCCGAGUAGAGGGAAAUAGAUUCGAAAUAUGUCAACGUUACCUUGAUGACAAUGUCCCUACAACUGAAUACGAGAAACCAUUCAAAGGACUUCUGGAAGGAAAACAAGACAUGCUAUCAUUUGGGGUGGGAAGGAGGAAGUAAGGCAAGGUCUAAUUAAGAUAA